AUGGCCCCGCCAUCACACUUCUACACCAACAAUGGCGCCCCACAGAACGGCGCCGUCCUCCCUGCGGGAGCGGGAAAUGUGCCGCCACAGCACUCCUGCUUGCUCGACCCCAACGAGUUCCGCCGGCAGGGCCACCAGGUCAUCGACUUCAUCGCCGACUACUACGCCCGCAUGGACGACUACCCCCUCCCCGCGAACGCACCGUCGCGUCCGGAGUCCGACGCGUUCGGUACCGCGCUGCGAGACGUCCGUGACCUUAUCCUGCCUGGCAUGACGCACUGGCAGAGCGCCCGCCACUUCGCGCACUUCCCCGCGUCCAGCAGCACCGUCGCUGCCCUCGGCGAGGCCCUCACGGCCGGCAUCAACAUCGUUCCUUUCACGUGGGCCGCCUCGCCAGCCGCCACGGAGCUGGAGAUGGUCGUCGUGGACUGGCUCGGCAAGGCGCUCCACCUGCCCGAGAGCCUGAUGUUCUGCGGCGGCGGAGGAGGCACGCUUCUCGGCACCACGUGCGAGGCCAUCCUCUGCGCCAUUGUCGCCGCGAGGGACCGGAAGCUCGCGGACAUCGGUAGCGGGAGGAUCGGAGACCUCGUCGUGUACUGUUCCGACCAGACACACUUCGCCUUCCGCAAGGCAGCACAUAUAGCCGGCAUCCACCGCGACAACUGCCGCGAGAUCGCCACGCCGCCAUGCAAGCGGAUGUGGACGCCGGGCUGGUCCCGCUCUUCCUGUGCGCGACGGUCGGAACCACUCAGACCACGGCCGUGGACCCUAUCCGAGCUGUGCGCCGUCGCGGCGACGCACGGUGUCUGGGUCCACGUGGAUGCGGCCUACGCGGGCUCGGCGCUCGUCUGCCCGGAGUUCCGCCACUUGAUCGACGGCGCCGAAGCCGUGGACUCCUUCAGCAUGAAUGCUCACAAGUGGCUUCUGGCCAACAACGACUGCUGCGUUCUCUGGGUGAAGAAGCCAUCGCUGCUCAUCGCGGCGCUCGGCACGGAGCAGGAGUACAUCCUCAAAGACGCGGCCGCUGAGGGGCACGACGUCGUGGACUACAAGGAUUGGUCUGUGACGCUGACCCGCCGGUUCCGCGCGCUGAAACUGUGGCUCGUGCUCCGCUGCUAUGGCGUCGAGGGCCUGCGCGACCACAUCCGCGGCCAUGUCGACAUGGCUGUGUCGUUCGAGGGGAUGGUGAAGGCCGACCCACGCUUCGAAGUGAUGGCAACGAGGCAGUUCGCACUCGUGUGCUUCAGGCUCCGGGCGCCGGAGGAGUUGGGUGGCCCGAAGGCGGCCAACGACCUCAACCGGAGGCUCCUCGAGGAGGUAAACGCGACUGGCUCCGGGCCGUACAUGAGUUCCGCAAAUGUGGGUGGCAUCUAUAUGCUCAGGUGCGCCAUCGGGAGCACGCUUACGGAGGAGCAACACGUCCGCGCGGCGUGGAAGGUUGUGCAGGACCGUGCUGCUUCCCUCCUUCGUAAAAUGGAGAGUAUCAACGCCGUUGCUUAA